AUGUUCAACCAGACCACGGAUGGAUCCAAACCACUCUUUGUCUUCCAAACUCACCAAUGCCAAUCCUCUACCAAGAGCAACACAAUUGGCCCUGGAGAUGGGCUUGAAUCAGCUUUAUCUGAGGCUUCCAUGGCAAACAAGACUGUGAUAAUUGCUAUUGUAAAUAAGGCCUAUGUGGAAGGAGACAAGCCAAUGCUUGAUAUGUUUUUAGAUGGUUUCUGGCUCGGAGAAGACACAAGGGGCUUGAUUUCUCACCUGCUUCUUGUUGCCGUCGAUCAAACUUCCUUCGAACGUUGCAAGUUUCUUCGCCUUCACUGCUACAAGCUCGAAGCAGAUGGUGCCGAUUUUGAGGCCGAGGAACUCUACAUGUCGCAAGAUUUUAUCAAGAUGAUGUGGAGGAGAACCCUGUUUCUCAAGGAGAUGCUAAAGAGAGGCUAUAGUUUUGUAUUCACAGACAUAGAUGUGUUGUGGCUAAGGAACCCAUUCCCAAGGCUAACAAUCUUCAAUGAAAACAUAGAUCUUCAAAUCAGCGUUGAUAAAUUCAAUGGGGAUGAAUGGUCUCAAGCCAACCCCAUCAACACAGGCUUCUACAUGGUCAGGUCCAACAACAGAACAAUCUCGCUAUUCGAGGAGUGGUACGCUAGAAGAAACAACUCCACAGGAUUGAAAGAGCAGGAUGUUUUGAACAACAUGAUGCAGGAAGGUUUUUUCAGAGAGUUAGGCCUCAGUGUGAGGUUUUUGGACAACCUUUAUUUCAGUGGCUUCUGUGAAGUUAGCAAAGACUUCAAAGUUGUCAGAACGGUUCAUGCCAACUGCUGCCGGACUAUAAGUGCUAAGGUGGCUGAUCUGACCGCUGCGAUUCACGAUUGGAAGAGGUUCAAGAGCUUAUCCGAUUCCAAUCAGACAUCGACUUUGACAUGGACUAGCCAUGUAAAUUGUGAGGGCUCCUGGAAGAAUUUCAACUUUAGUAGUUUUGUGUAUAUUCAACCAGAGACCACAGACCAAUGCCAACCCUUUACCAAGGACAUAGAUGUGAUGUGGCUAAGGAACCACUUUCCAAAGCUAAUUAUCUUCAACGAAAGCAUAGAUCUUCAAAUCAGCACCGAUAGCUUCAAUGGUGAUCAAUUGUCUGUAGCAAACCCCAUCAACACAGGUUUCUACAUGGUGACAUCUAACAACAGAACAAUCUCCUUAUUCGAAAAGUGGCAUGCCCAGAAAAACUACUCAACCAAAUUGAAAGAGCAGGAUGUUUUAAAUGGCACGAUGAAGGAAGGUGUUUUCAGAGAGUUAGGCCUCAGUGUGAGGUUUUUGGACACCCGUUACUUCAGUGGCUUCUGUGAAGUUAGCAGGGACUUCAAAGCUGUCACAACCGUUCAUGCCAAUUGCUGCCGGACUAUAGGUGCUAAGGUGGUUGAUCUGACGGCUGUGGUUCACGAUUGGAAGAGGUUCAAGAGCUUAUCUAAUUCCAACUCGACAUCGACUUUGAAAUGGACUAACCAUGUAGCCUGUAAUCGGUCCUGGAAGUGCAAUAAAGUGACGUGGGGCUAG